GCAAAUAGCAGUUUAUAAUAUAUAAAACGGACUAAUGACAAUAUCAUACCUAUUUAUUUGUAACACGGUUGUAAAAUGUUUUAACAUGAAAUUUUCUAAAUGGAACAAAAUAUACGUGUAUCAAAGGAAUUAACAUUCUUGAAAAAGAAAAAAAUGACAAAGUAAAUUUGCAGUCAUGGCGAAUUCACACCGAAAGUUCCGGGGAAUAUCAUUUUCAAAUUCAUAGUGUGUUUUAACACCUCAUUAUAAUCACAAAGGAUAUAUUAAAUCAGUGAGGAUGGAGUUAAGAUAACUUAAUGACAGCUUUUAUAUUAGCUUUGACUUACCAUUUUGCUAGAAAAGAACGUUGAAGGAUGUUCUAAUAACCAGCAAGAAAGGCGUUUUCCCAAAAUGGCUGAAGAAAUAAUACGAUAUAUUCAUCAAUGGAUUUAUUAUCUUUGGACAUUUAUUCUAACAGCAAACACGCUUAUCUAUGGAAUAUAUCCUGACUAUUUGUUGAAUAUUUGUUGACAAUCUGUUUGGAACAAUUCUUAAUUAUCGGAAUCAUCAAACGGUGAACUUGGAAUUUUCCUUAUUCAUUGGAGACACUUGGAUUAUAAAUUAAUACUUCUGUCAGAAUUGACUGAAAACAACAAAUAUACAGUAUAUAGAGUUUUUAUAGGCAUAUCUGACUGUGUUAGUUUCUCUUCGAUACUAUGCCAAGGGGGACUUUUAUUCUGAAGUUGGCGAUCUUCAUGGAAUUUCUCGAGCCAGCGUGUCAAGAUGUGUCAUGAGGGUUUCUCACGCCAUAGUCCGUGAUAUUGACAAUAUUAAAUUUCCAACAACGAAAGCAGAAUUAAGUAAAAUCAAAAAGGGUUUUUACAAUAUAGCAAAGGUCCCAAAUGUCAUUGGUGCUGUGGAUGGGACGCUGAUCCCGAUUAUUGCUCCAAAGGAAAAUGAGCCAGUAUAUGUUUGCCGUAAGGGGUAUCAUUCCCUAAACAUCCAAGCAGUUGUGGAUCACGAGAUGAGAUUUACCAAUCUUGUUGCCAAAUUUCCCGGGAGUGUGCAUGAUUCAUUCAUGUUUUGUAAUUCUGAAUUGGGUUACUUCUUUGAAGAAACCCAAGUAGAUGGAUGGCUGCUUGGGGAUUCGGGUUACGCACUUAAGGGUUAUCUACUAACACCAAAAUUGAAUCCAAGCUCUCCUGCAGAGGAGAAAUACAACAAGGUUCAUGCCAAGACACGAACCAUAGUGGAGCAGGCUUUUGGUGUGUGCAAGUCACGAUAUAGGUGUUUGCAUAAAACUGGAGGAUGUUUACCAUUUACACCUGAAAGAUCUGCACUAGUUGUGACAGCUGUUUUUAAAUUACACAACAAGUGUAUUGAUGAUAAACUGCCACUUCCAGAUUUAACAGAUGAAUUUAUUGACAAUGGAGAUAACCAUAUUGUUAGAGAUAUUGCACCUGCUAAUGUUCAAACCCUUAGAGAACGCAUUAUUCAAAGAUUUGCCUAAAAAACUUAAUAUUUUGGAAAAUCAAACAGAUAAAUCAUUAAAUUACUAUAUAAACGUACUGUAUAAAA